CACGGUUCAUGUUUGGUUGUCGCAGCGUGGUGGUGGGCUGGUGGUUGAUGUCGCUGUCAAAAGUCAGACGCUACGCUAACAGUAGAGAAUGCAGUUCCUUGGCCGUCUGCUGGACACAGUGUCAUCAGUGUCCACUCUCUUCACUAACCCGUACAGGGUCAAAGAUGUGCCUCUGGGAGACUACAGCGGGGCUGGACGGUUCCAGCUAAAACAGGAGGGCCGCCUGGUCUUGUAUAAGAACAGCCCCAGCCAAUCCUGGGACUGUGUGCUGCUGUGCCCUGACACACCCACACUCGCACUCAGGCUGUUCCAGGUGUCCACUGAGGAGGAUGCUAUGGCCUGCUUCUCUCAGUACUGUGUGAAGCUGAAGCCCUUCUAUGAGACGCUGGUUCUGAAGGCUGACAGCGCUCAGCUCAUUGUGGACUGCAUCAGGAACCACCCCGACUGGAGCACCGCCCACAUCGCCAUAGAGACGGGCCAGAGGGACUGUCUCAAGCACAACCAUGUCCAGAGUGUGAUCAACUCCCAGGACAGCUCUGGCCGGACCCCUUUGCACCUGGCCUGUGAGCGGGGGGAUGUUGGCUGUGUGCGAGAGCUGCUGGAGGAGAGCCAGGCCCGCACAGACAUCAAAGACCAGAGCGGAGACACAGCCAUGCAUUAUGCAGCCAAACAGGACUCACCCGCUGUCAUCCAGGUGCUGUGCUCUCAGCUGUGCCCCGGGGUGAAUGAGCUCAACUCUAACGGAGAGUCUCCACUUCACGUGGCCUGUCGCCUGGGCAGGGUUCAGGCUGUCAGGGGUCUGCUGGAGGGAGGGGCCAAGUGUGAUGUCAUUGGAGGCACAGGCUAUCCCAUCCACACUGCCAUGAAGUACAGCGAGAAAGAGUGUGUGGUGGAGAUCCUAAAGGCAGACGGUGGUCAGCUGCAGGUGGAGGAUCCAGUUUAUGGAGGCAUCCCUCUUCAUUGGUCCAAGAACGCAGAGCUGUGCCGUCUUCUGCUGGAGAAUGGCAGCGCCGUGAACUACCUCAGUAAAACUGGAGAGAGCCCACUGCACAUUCUGACCAAGAAAGGCCGCUUUGAGGCCUCCAUGGUCCUGCUUACCCACGGGGCCAGCCCAAACCUGAAGGGCCAGAACGGAGACACAGCCCUGCACCUAGCCAUGAAGAUGGACCAUAUCGACUUGAUCAAAGCUCUCAUCGUGUUCGGAGCUGACGUGGAGAUACACAAUGACCUGGGAGAGACACCUGGUCUCCUGGCUGCACGCUCCAGCAAAGGUGCCAAUAGAAAGAUCUUACUGGACAUGCUGUGUAGUGUGGGAGUUCAGCGCUGUCACCCCCCUGCAUAUGCCCCGACCCCUGCACGUUCCAGCCCCGCGUCCUCGUCCAAGCCGCCUGCUGCCAUAGGGUUUGAGAACAUGUUUCUCAAGCAAAGUUUUGAAGGAAGUCACAUCGACUGUCGAGGAGACACGUCCAAAUCCAGCAAAAGAAGCCUGGAGCGGCUGCUGUGUCUGGACGGGGGAGGCAUUAAAGGCCUGGUUCUGAUUCAGAUGCUCAUCGCGUUGGAGAAGGAGACAGGGCGGCCCACCAGAGAGCUCUUUGACUGGGUGGCUGGCACCAGCACUGGGGGCAUCCUGGCCCUGGCCAUCAUACAUGGGAAGUCCAUGGAGUACCUGCGCUGCCUGUACUUCCGCAUGAAGGAGCAGGUGUUCAAGGGCUCACGUCCGUAUGAGUCUGCGCCACUGGAGGACUUCCUCAAGAAAGAGUUUGGAGAAGAAACUAAAAUGACCGAUGUCCAGUACCCCAGGGUGAUGGUGACCAGUGUGCUGGCGGACAGACACCCAGGAGAGCUGCAUAUGUUUCGGAACUACGACCCACCCUCUCUGCCUAAAGAAGCCCCAUAUGCCACCACAGCCACCUUCCAGCCCCUGACAAUCCCCCAGGAACAGCUGGUGUGGAGAGCGGCGCGGUCAAGUGGUGCCGCCCCCACGUAUUUUCGACCAAUGGGGCGCUUUCUGGAUGGAGGGCUGUUGGCCAAUAACCCCACACUGGAUGCCCUGGCAGAAAUCCAUCAGUACAAUAAGUCCCUGAAGACUGCUGGCGAGGAGGUGAGGAAGUUGGGGCUGGUCGUCUCCCUUGGCACAGGUAAGCCUCCUCAGGUGAUGGUGAGCUCCGUGGAUGUCUUCAGACCCUCCAACCCUCUGGAACUAGCCAAAAGCAUUGUUGGAGCCAAGGAGCUAGGCAAGAUGGUGGUGGACUGUUGCACAGAUUCAGACGGCUGUGCAGUAGACAGGGCCAGAGCCUGGUGUGAGAUGACGGACACACUCUACUACAGGCUCAGUCCACAGCUGUCCCAGGAGGUGAUGCUGGAUGAGGUGGGGGACGGGGUGCUAGUGGACAUGCUGUGGGACACUCAGAUGUACCUGUAUGAGAAGAGGGACGUCCUGCAAGUGCUGGCCCAGGAGCUGCUGGACCACUGACCGCUCCACACAACUGACCACACCACACAACUGACCAAAGCCUGUGUGUAUCUGACAUGACAUCUACAACUGACUGAAUGCACAAUGUAAAAGAGCCUGUUACACUUGAGUUUACGGACCAUAUAUCGCUAACUAAGUGGGCAUUGGUAUGUUAGUUAGUGGUUAUUGCCUAUUAUUUAUUAUUUAAGAAACAUUUACUAAAGGUGCAGAUCUGUUUCUGUGUGAAAAAAUGAAGGGGCUAUAAAACUAUAUUACACACUUUUUGGAUCUCAGUUUCCUUUUGAAAAUAUUUAUAUAUUUUUAAUGGUUUUGCAGUGGUCCAAAGUUAUUCCUGACUUACCUUAUGCAUUUAGAACAUCCUAAUUAUUCACCACGAUGAGUUUAUAAGUGCUCUUCGCAAGUUUCACAGACCAGAGUGGAGUUCUUCCAUGAAGGUAAAGCUCACAAUGACUUGCAUUCAAACCACGCACUUCCUGAUUAUCGUCAGACAAUAAAACACUCGUUUUGAGCUGCUUAUACACGAUAUCUGCACUGGGCCAACACAAGGUGGCUCAAUAAUCAGGAUUUUUUGGCUGAAAUAAAAAGCACCUGCUUAGUUGGAAAGAAGAAGGAAAAAAAACAUUAAUAGGCACUUACUACUACUAUACACAAACAGAGAGCCCUUAUAUUACCUUUUUAGCUAGCGAUUAGUAUGUGGUCCCUAAACUAUCCUUUGUUCGAGAUAGUUGUGACACAUACUGACUAGGGAUGUAACAAUAACCAAAAUAUUUUGAUAUCGUAUUGUCAAAGGUUUCACAAUAAUAUUGUGGACUAUCACAGUAAAUUGAGAUCCAAGUCUCUUUGCUUAAAUGAAUAGUUUUGUUGUGGCAAUAGCUAAAAAUAACAGAAAGGAAGAAGCCAUGAAUAAGCCAUGACCCUUCGCUCUGUUUCAGGGCAGAUUGUAUGAAGAAAUAAAAGUUACAAGCACUUCUAAAUCUUAUUUCUUUGGAUUAAGUCUUAUCAAGACAGUUUAAGAGGAAACAAUAGCAAUUUCACUAUUUUGUUGGCCUUCACAAAAUAUGCCAAUAAAUAUUGUACAGUGAUAUUUAUAUUGUGAAAAUAUCGAACCGAGAGAUUUGGAUAUUGUUACAUCCCUAACAGUCACCAAUGUGAAAAAUUGAGAUGAAGAAAUAAUUUCUCUAUCUGCCAUGGUUUGAUUUGAGCUGUGACUUUUUCACCUAGAUAAGUUAAUGUGACUUGAAUUAAGGAUGUCAAAUGCUCUGCAAACUCUUAUUGUACUGAAACAACAACAAAAGCACUUUGCACUUGCAAUAAGAACCAAUUCUGUUGGCUGAUUUUUUUUUUUUUGGAUGUCAAAGUUAAAGUGGGUAACACAAAAGUGUUCAACUUUAAAAGAUCAUCUCAAUUUAAGUUCCAAGUCAUUUUAACUAACAGGGAUGUGACUUCAUUAUUUUGCAGUGCACAUUUUCUUUGAACUCAAUACUGUCAUUCUUAAAAUAUUGUGAAUGUAGUUGUUUUAUAUGUUUGUUUGUGUUUUGUCUCUAGAAAGGAUAUGGUUGAUUUGCUACUAUAUGAUGUGCAAUAUAUUGAUGAACUUACAUAUGUAUUGCCAUGUCAGAAUAUUACCUGUACUGUGCAGCAAACUAUGAAGUAUCCCUUCGAACAAUUGAUACUUGGCAGUGACAUCAUGCUGGAGAUGUUCUGCAUGUAUGUCUACAGUGGAAUGUUCAGCAGUUUUCAUGGUGACACAAUGCACACUUUAGCGAACACUGCCGAGAAAGAUUUAUGAUCACCUGAAAACAAAAUAAAAAAUACAAAAUAGAUUUAACACA